AUGUUCAACGCAUUCUUCCUUUUGUACUGGGCUAUUAUAUCGGUGAUGGGAUGGAUGAUUAUGGCUGAACAGUCACUCCAAAUCUUUCAAGGCAAUUCAAACAUAACUCGAUUGGUGAAAAGCUUAUCGAGCGCUGAAAACUCCGCCGCCGUUUUGUCGACUUUAUUAAAAUUGAUUCCGAAUAAAAAAAUAUUGAGCAAAGGUUUCGCCACGAAAAACGAGAAAGGAGAUUACGAUUUCAAAUUUAACGAUACGCAUUUAAUGGAUAUGCUCUAUAACAAAAAUGGUAGCAAAUUAUUAACAGUUAGCGAGUUAGAGGUAUCUGGUGGAAAUUUUCCCGUACCUUUAGGCCAUCAUUCCAGAUUAGGGCCUCAGAGAAGAUUUCAUAUAUCGGCUAUCGAAAGUAAUAAAACAACAGAUAAAGUGUCCAAAAAAUCUGGAUUGGAUUUUAUGAAUCUACUCAUGGGAUUGAGUCAAGGAUUGCCUAUGGGUAGCAACCUAUUUAGCAGUUUAACUAGCAUGACGAAAACAUUGCAACCCUCAAGUGAAACACCUUCAAAUUCACUAAAAUUAUUAUCUACUACAGUGACUAAUCCUGACCGCACAGAGAAUUCUGUCGUUAUGGAAAGCCACGAUCAAAUUCAUCACCAACAGAAGCGCAGAACGGACAAUAAUUUUGACUCAGCUACUGUAUCUCCAAUAGAAGAUAAAGAAAGCUUGAAAUACAUAAAGGAUUCAAAUAAUAUGGAUUUACCAAUCAACUAUGAGCCAAACAAUGAAGCGUUGAAAGAUGACAGCCCGUCGAAAAUUAUGAAUGAGGAAUACACAGAAGUAAAUGAUCAAAAUAAAUCUCAAACUGUAAAAAAUAUCCAUUCAAGUCAGAGUAAAAUAAAAUUUUUUAAAACUGGAACAUACCCAGGAUUGUUAAAUAGUAAAGAGGGCAAAAUUCAAGGAAGUUCACAAUUAGAUCUUUACAACGUAAAAAAUAGACCUUUUUACAUUACGUCAGAGAAUGAAUUGAAUCACAAUGUAGCAAAAGAACCAUCGUCCUCAGAUGCAGUACCAAACUUAGCACAAUAUGGGCAGGAUGGGUAUUUACAUCCACAAUCAUCAAAUGUUGAUUUAUCAUCAGAUCAAAAUUUUGAUGGCUAUAAUAAUAAUAUGCAAGGCAACCAAAAUAAUUAUAAUCAAGGUGUGCCCUCUAUGUUUAACCAUCCUUCGGAAGAGCAGCAUAUGGAAAACUUUGCAUCAUAUGGUCAACCACAUCAAUUUCCUAUGGAAAAUGAGAAUCAACACUAUGUACAACACAUUGACCCUUCUAAUAUGCCAAACUUUGACCCGUCAUCUCUUCAUAAUCAAUAUAUUGUAGAUCAAAGUGAUCCAAACUCUCAGCAAGAAGUUGAAAAUCCUAAUCAACAAGAAGGUGGUAACAAUAAUCAACAAGAAAUUGAAGGCCAUCAUCAACAAGAAACAGGAAUAAAUACUGCAAAUGAUCAAUCCUCUGUAAUUCAUGAACCUUAUCCACAUUCUUUACAUAAUAAUUUCGCCUCGCCUCCUUAUAAUACAGCUGAUCAACCUCAAUCAAAUAUUGAUGACCAAGGAAGAGUUCAUAUCCAAGGACAAUAUGUUGAUAGAUUACCUCCCGACUCAAUGUAUCCCCCAUCUUCUAUCCAUGCUGCCUUGCCAGCAUAUCAAGAUCAAUCUAAUGGAAUGUUUUCUUCUCAAAAUCAUUUAAAUUAUAGAUCACCAGAACCCCAAAAUAUAAUUCCUCACAAUAACCAUAUUACUGGAUAUUCGGGUGACGUCAAUUCCACCAGAGAAUACAUAACUAAUGCCAAUUCAAAUCCGUCAAUGGCUAAUAAAAAUAUUCAACCCACUCCUAUUGAUGCCCCUCAGUUAAUAUAUCAUGAAACUAAUGAUGACAAUGUAAAACAGUCAACCUCGUUAUCAUCACAAUUCACCGAUUCUGGCGAACCUGAUUCAGAAAAGUCACCCACUGGAUCAGUUAUUCCUUCAUCACAAGUUUCAGAUCAAUCUCAGGCUGCUUAUGAUAAUAUACAAUAUACCCCAGGUAAUAGUGUGUCACACUUAAGGCAGAAUAACGAACAAGGCAUAUUUGAUGAUAUUAAAAGUCUAAGUGGUGGUCGCUACUCGCCUUAUCUGACUCAAAGCGGGUAUGCGCAAUCAAGAGGAAAUAUUGAUGGCCCUCCAGAAGAAAAUAUGGCCCCAGCAAUGGGUGGAAAUAUAUUACCUCAAGAAGAGUUUUUUAUACCCUCUUCGGAUAGUGAGACACCUUCAGGAGAAGGUUACGAUACUUUUCAAAUAGGGGAGAACCAAAGAAUACCUUAUAGUGAUAGUUCUAGUGGAGAUGAAAAUUUUCUUGACGAGGAAUAUAUGAGUGCUCGGAGUAAUCAUCAACCAGGAUUAGAAGCUACUUCAUGGAGGAAUCCCCAAAACAGUUAUGCCAGCAAUAAUCCUUUAAAUGAUGUAUCUCAACAUUCCCAUGGAAUUGCGGCUCAAUCGUCGAAUAUUAUGUCUAAAUCUAAACCAAUGUACAAUAGUUUAGCUGGUCAGGCAUCUUAUGUACAAUCUUCAAAUUUUGGAACCCAAUUUUCUGGUUAUCCUAAAAUACAACAACCCCCAGCGUCAAAAUCUUACCAAACUAAUGGUAUUAUAGGAGUUAAUGUCAAAUGCAACUUAAAUCGGAACGAAUUAAUAUUUACUGUACAUUUUAAGAAUAAAUUUUUUGGAUUAGUAUACACUAAAGGAUACUAUAAAGUUGAGCAAUGUAGAACUAGAGGUCAUGGCUCACAAACCGUUUCAUUAGUUUUACCUUUAGAUGGUUGUGGGAAUUCCAUUGUCAGCCAGGGUUGGGAUUUAUCUUCGGGAGUCACUACCUUUAUAAGCAGACUUGUAAUCAUAUUUGAUACCAUAUUGGGAAUUAUUACAUCGCAUGAUACAGCCUACAAAGCCACGUGUACUCUGGGAGGUGCAGGGGCUCCUGCUUUAGAAUCAGGAAUUCAAGUUCCGAUGCUAUUACCACAUGGUAUGCAACCGACUUCUAUGACUAUGCCGCCAGCAUGGAUGUCCAUUGUGCAAGGUAAAGAUCCGCAAGCACCACCUUCCCAAAUUUUAAAUCUGGGACAGAUAGGGACUGUUGUCAUUAAAUUGCAUGAUACUCAAGGUCACUUUGACAUUUACGCUUUCAAUUGUUUUGCGCAUGAUGGAAUGGGCAUGGGACGAAUUCAGUUACUUGAUUUUAACGGAUGCCCAAUUCAUACUCAAAUAGUUGGGCCUCAGAGUAGAGAAGUCUCUCAUGGCUCUCUAUCAAUUUUUUUCCAUUUCAAAGUCUUUAAAUUUCCGGAUGUUAACAACGUAUAUUUUGUGUGCGAAAUCAAAAUAUGUUACAAGAAAUGCCAACAGCCUAAUUGCGGACUGUUCUCAGCGAGCAAACAUCGUAAAAAAAGAAAUCUAGAGGAAUUGUUUUCACCUAUCAUAUGGCAUCAUGAACUAAAUGAUACAUCACAUUUCAACAUAACUAAUGAGAAUAACGGAACCUUAAAUAAUAUGGUAAUCAGCCAUUCAAAACUAAACGAUACUAUCCCUAAGGAUGAAUCUCUACAUAAUCAAAUUGCAAACGCAAUUGAUGGAGUCAAAACCAGCACAAUAUUCCAAUCAAUAUUAGUGAAAAUACCUAUGGAACAAGAGGAUGAAUAUCUUGAAUUGAAAAGCAAAUCUGAUUUAAAUUUGGUUUCCCAGGAUCACAAAGAAAAACAAUUUUCUCAUGAAUCAGAAGAUGACAUAUUAUCGAACGAUGUGAACGAGAUCCCCUCAAAAAAGGAUAAAAAUGCGGAUUUAAAUCAUGAUUUAGUUCGAAAAAUGGAGAAGAAGGAAGUAUGCAUAUCCAAGACUACCUUCGCCACAUCGUUGGGAUUUUUAUUUACUCUGAUAAUAAUAGUCGCCACCAUUUCCUUUUACUUUCUCACAAAAAAACAGAUGAAAAAAAUGAGUAGCAAACUCAGCUCCUUCGAUAACAGCGAAUAUUACGAAAACGGCAGUGAAAAGGAUUCAAAACAUAUACUAUCCAAAGAUUAUGGUUCUUGGAGAUCACCAGCUGCCCAAAAAAAUGGUUCCGAUAAGAAACCCAAUGAUAUUAGCAAUAAAAAUACCUUCCCGUUGAGAUUACAUCCCAUAUUUGUUUACAAAUCAUAAUAAAUUUUAAUCGCUCAUUUUUUUUUCCUAUU